CUAUUUUUAGAGCAUCGCAAUAUAUACUGUCGAAACAGUAAUACCCUAUUGGAUAUCGAUGUGACAUAACAGACCAUUUCUCGUAGAAUCUGCCUUUUAUAUCUACCAACAUGAGCCAAAGGGAUAUGUUUUCGUCCGAUCACUUGGACAGAGAAGAUGAAUUAAUAGAUGACAAUGAAGACUACGGUGGCAAAUUCGAUUUUGUGCCAAGACGUACCCGCCGUGGUGAUAGCGAUCAUGCUAUUUUUAAAUUACGUGCUUGUCUAUCAUGCCGUCUAAUCAUGAGUGAGGACCAGUUUUUUGAACGCGGCUGUGCAAACUGUCCAUACCUACAGAUGGAUGGUGAUAGGAGGAGGACACUAGACUGUACUACUGCUAAUUUCAGUGGGUUACUAUCAAUUAUGGAUCCACAGAAAUCUUGGGCUGCACGCUACAAUAGCUUGGUUGAUGUAAUACCAGGAUGCUAUGCCAUAUCUGUGGUCGGGGAGUUACCAGAAUCGGUACACGACGACAUCGGGCGCUAGAGAUGUGAUAUAACA